AUGAUGACAAGACGAGCAAGGACGGCGUUGGCAUAUUUGUUGGUGUUUCUGGUAGCCUUUCCGCUGGAUCUGAUACUUCCUUGUCAUGCACAACAAGAGACUACCGGUAGCCAAGAAUCGGAAGAAGAACCGCCAACAUUGACCACCACCGUGACAAUCCCCAAAGAUCCAAAGAUUGAUGAUGCCGGUGAUACCAUCAAAAGCACCGGCAAGAAGACUGAAUCACUGGACGAGGUUCAAGACAAAGUUCAAGAUGACAAGACUGGGGAUAUUCCUGGCCAAAUAGAUGAUGUCGAGCUAUCAACUUCAGACAACAGUUUCAUAAGCGUCGUGGAAAAUGAUGCACCGAGAAUAGAGAAAAGCGAGGAGAGCACCGAUAAUGGCUCCAAUACAGACAAGGAGCCAGAUGCUGCCUCUGUGGAUGAACCAAUAGAACCCAAUGCGGAUGAAGAAGCAACCGACUCCUCUGCUACCACAGCACACGAUGACAGUGAGCCUGCCGAUGCUGAUGCACACGUUGAUACAACAACAAAAGCAACCGAUAUGGAAAAUAGUGCAACAGCAGAACCAGAGGACGCUAAAAGCAAACAUAAUGAUAUGGCAGCAAAAGCAGCAGAGGGCAAUGAAGGCAUAGAGAUUGAAGCAACAAAAACGAAGUCGGCAAAGAAUGACGCUGCUGAAAGUGACACGGACACUGCAACAAUAGAGACUCCUGUCAGUCAGGAAACAGAUGAGUCUACAGAAGAGGAACCCCAGUCGUCAUCGUCCGAAAAAGAUUCUUCCCCAGAACAAGCAGAUGCAGCAGAGACAACGGAGACGAGUAGUCAAGAAAAGCCACUAUCGGAAGCCUUGGACUCGGAGCCAACGGAGACGACAACGAGUCCCGAGGAGGGUAAGGAACCGGAAAAGAAGAAGCAGGAGACACAAUCAGAAGAGAAGGAGGCCGAGAAGCAGCGGACUGAGACGGGGAGCUCAGAAGAGGAGAGUACAGAGGAGAAGCCCACCACCGAGUCAGCGGAAGAGGAGAACACAAACGAACAACCCGCAGAAUCAGUGGACUCAGACCAAGUGGAACCGAGUGCAGAGAAGCAACAGCCCACAGAAAAGGAAGCAGAAGAGGAGCAACCCUCAACUGCGACAAUUGAUUCAUCGACUGCACAUAAGAAGAGCACGGAGGAGAAGCCCACCACUGAGUCAGUGGAAGAGGAGAUCACAAAUGAACAACCCACAGAAUCAGCAGACGCGGACCAAGUGGAACAGAGUACAGAGGAGCAACAGCCCACGGAAAAGGAAGCGGAACAGGAGCAACCGCAAACAGAGACGGUUGACUCGUCGACUUCAGAUAAGAGAGUCCAGAGAAGCAACAAGAACGAUGACAGUGAUGCUGAACCAGAAACAAACAGCUCUGAUGCCGCCAAAGGGACAAAGGAUGACGAUGGAUCUGAUGAUUCCACAAAGACGACAACUUCAGCUGAUGAAACAGCAAAGGAAAAGCCUCCACCGAAAGAAGGAUCCCUUGCCAGUUUCUUCGAAAAGGUAAAGCAUCAACAACAACCAAAUCUUUCUGGUCAGGCAACCACCACCAAAACAAAAGAGACUCCCUCGAAAGAUGACUCUUCUACAAAGAAGGCACCGGAUGACUCAAACAAAAAGAGUGCAAGCGAACCUAGUUACAAGGGUUGGGGCCAAUACACUGGCAAGCGUUACGCCGAUCUGUACAUCUUGGGUCUUGCGUUCGACAAGAACCUAGUUGAGGACGGAGAGGCAAGAUACAAAAAAGUGUUUGAGCCGAUUGAUGAUUUGGUGAUACCCACACGUUACACUGAAAUCAUGGGAAGCGUUGUUGAUGAUGAGAUCAAAGUUACGUCAUCAGAUGACGGUGAAAACACGAAAACGGAGUCCCCGACCACGACCAUGGAUAACCUCAAGGAGCGAUUGUCUCCAAACUCUGAUUUUGUCGAAGGAUUGGAUGAUAUUGACAAGUUCUUCGAAGGCGUAGAUCCUCCUGACGAGCUUGAUGUCGGCGCUGGCGGGACUAGUAUACAAGAAGUCCUUAUGGGUCAGACCACAAAGAUUAUCAUCAAACGGAUCGUUCGGGGGGCUCAAUACGUCUCCACGACCGCCAAAGCAGUUGCAAAGCGAGUCAACCAGUACUUUGCGGAUGAGGACCGUGAAAUAUUACCCAACAAGGAGAAACUCGCCAAAGCAGGGAAAUGGGUGACAGAGCAAGGCCGAAACCUAUUGGACGGAGCUCGAGACCUGUUUGACGAUCUGUUUGGGUCCGAUGAUGACUUGGGCGGAGAUGAUUUUGCCAGCUACGAUGAUAUUCAAAAGAAACUUCAGGAUCUGGCUGCUGCCAGCGAGAAGUAG